AUGUACAACCUUAGCCGAUUGGGACGUAACGUUUCGGAGAGCGUUCUGAGGACGGCGUCCGUGUCGUCUGCUCGUGGACUUCACGAGAUGCCGGACCACCUCAAGGAUGUGCCCACGGCCGAGAACCCCAGGUUCUUCGACAUGGUGGAAUAUUUCUUCCACCGUGCGUGUCAGGUGGCCGAGGACAAGCUGGUCGAGGACAUCAAAGCCAAGAUGUCCGUGGAAGACAAGAGGAAAAAAGUCAAGGGAAUAUUGUUGGGCAUGCAGCCGUGCGAUCACAUCCUGGAGACAUCUUUCCCGGUGCGCAGGGACAGCGGUGACUACGAGAUGAUUACGGGAUACCGUGCACAACACAGUACACAUAGAACACCGUGCAAAGGAGGUAUUCGUUUUUCAUUGGAUGUUUCUCGAGAUGAAGUGAAAGCUUUAGCUGCUUUGAUGACUUUCAAGUGUGCCUGUGUUGAUGUACCAUUUGGAGGUGCAAAAGCGGGUAUAAAAAUAAAUCCAAAAUUGUAUUCAGAAAAUGAAUUAGAGCAAAUUACCAGACGGUUUACAUUGGAAUUAGCUAAAAAAGGAUUCAUUGGUUAG